AUAAAUGACGCAACCGGGUCCGUACUUGGCUCAAUCGGCGGCGCGUCAAUAAUAUGCUUGCCCCCCAACGCAGCAUAGACACGGGGUUCACUGUCAUUGUCACAGACGACGCAUAAAGGCGGAAACGGCCUCUAUUCAAUUGCAGCUAGUGAAAAAUCGCUCUCGUCUUGUUGGUUAGCAUCAUGGAGAAGUCAUUUUCGAUAACGCCCUGGAAAUAUGCGCUGUUCACAACAUGCAUUCUAAUUGCGGGCUUUAAUAUACUCUUCUUCUCGUGCGGCGUUGUCACCUGGGGCUCUUCGGCUUCGGUCUACGGUGGCUAUUCGUCUGCCCUCUGCGGCGCUCUUAUUUUUGCUGUCACUUUCCUGGGACUUUAUGUCGCCCUAAAGGAGUCCUACAAGUUCUCCAAUUAUUAUAUUAUUUGCAGCAUUUUGGCUAGCGUUAUGCUGGUCAUUUACUUUAUCAUCUUCUCGAGCAUGAAAAGCCAGCUGAUGUGGCGGUUCGAGGAGCGCAUUAAGCGUUUGUUUGCGGAGAGAACAAAUCAGAAUGACACCAUGCAGCCCAUACACAGCCUGUUCCGCUGCUGUGGCCUGGAGGGGCCGCAGGACUAUUUGGUCAAGGAGCAUGGCGCCUUGCCGGCCAGCUGCUGUUAUGCCUUCGAUUGCACUGUGUCCAGGCAUAUAUAUCAGGAGGGCUGCGGCACAAAGGCCAUACAGGGUUUGCAAUUUCAGGCUGAUGUGAAUUAUUACGCAGCCAUUGCCAUAUUUGUGCUGGAGCUUUUAAGCAUGCUCUUUGCAUUUCUCAUGGGCAAGGCGCGCAAGCUCUUGAAGAUCAAGGACGACGAGACACCCAUUAGCGAGGAUUAGACCUAGCGCAGCAUACUUGUAGUGCAAUUUAGUUAGUUGUAACGCGCUUCGAGCCAAACUAAACAAUUAAAUUAGUUUAAUUGCCGUUUUCCAAUAAAA